AUGCCGCUUUUAUACGGCUCCCCUCUCCCCCCUGGGGUGGAGGCCUCGACUCGAGGGGAGUUGCGCAUUCGGGUGGAUAAGCUUCUCAUUGAUGACGCCUCGGUGAAUAGAAAUCCCCUGGUGAAUUUUCAUUUCGGCGGGCCAAACGUUUCUGUAGAUUCAUCUUCCGGCAAUCACGCGAUCAGCCCAAAUCGAUUUGUCGUUCCGGUCGAUUACUGCGCGGUGAGUCCACGGUUUUGGGGGGAGGAAAAGACCUCCGUGAGCUGUCAGCCCUCCACCGCACAGCACCCGCGCGGCUCCUUCACCUUCGUUUACCCCGUCAAAGUCGAGGAGGAGACUUUUCAAAUGUAUUUAAAAAACAUGUCCGCUUCGGCCCAUCACGGACUGCAGUUUGAAGUGCACGUCCCCUCAAGCUAUAGCGGGCGGCCUCCGGUUUUAAUCGGAAAAUGCACGGUCCCCCUUGACUCCUUGGCCUCCCCGGAGGCCUCAACCUCCGCCUCCUUCACGAAGAAUAUCCUCAACGGCUGGUUUGGCGUGAUUCAUCAGUCGCAACAGCCGGCGGCGGCCACGACGGAGGCCGAUCCCGCGGCACCGACGACCCCGGCCCCCACUACCCUCACCAUGCCGAUCGGCAAGUUAAAGCUCCACGUCCAUCUGCACUACUUCUCCAAGCCCGCCCGGACGACCGCCAGGCGUCCGGCCCAGCGUGGGGGUCUUUCCCAGGGCCGCUCUCCGAAGAACCCCCCGGACGAGGACGAGGAGGGGGGGGGGCGCGACGACGACCGCGAGCACGCCCGCACGGCGCGCCCGAGCUGUCACAACUUCCUCCCCGUCUCCUUUCCCUUCUCCUUCCCGUCCUCGUCCUUUCUGGACCCGUCGAGCUCCGUCGUGGGGCUGAACGUCUCCGCGGAGGAGGGCCGACCCAGCGAGGAGACCGGCGACCACUCCUCCGUCGAGGUCGAGCGGGUGAUCCCGAUCGUGGAGAGGACGCGAGAGGAGCCUCCCCCGAAGACGGGAAAAGACGACCUAAUGACCGGAGAGGUCUCCGUGGGAUCGAGCUCGAACUCGAUCUCGCCCGCGCGGAAGGCGAAGCCGGGGGAGGCAUCGUCCGGAAGCUCGGCAACGGCGGCGUUGUUGAUGCGAGAGCUGCUUCGAAAGGGCGUGGCGCUGCGAAGUCGGAUGGAGGCGGCCACUACCGAGCCAUUCUCGCUUUUUCCUUCCGAUAUUGGUCAAAUGUCUUUACCGCGGAAUCCGGGGUUUUCGUUUUUUCCUUUGCCCACCCCCUCUGCCGGUAUAAAGUUUCCAAAAGAGGCGAUUGGGGUAAGAAGGGGAGGGCGUGAUGGACUGGAUCCUUCGAGGUGCCGAGGCAGAGAAUACAGAGGAGCCGGCGAAGACGGUUUGGACGACAUCAGCUCCGUCCUUUACACCUCCGAGGAGAGCGAUGAGGAGGAAUUUAUGAUCGAGGUUCAGAAAGACCGGGCAGCGACCCGAAGGGGAGAAAAGGAAAUUUCUUCUACCCUCUUAUCACAGCCGACUUCCACUGCUUCACAAUUCAAACAAGCAGAGGAAGUGGCUCCUAUACCGCACGUAGUUUCCACAAUGAUUGCCAAAGAUUCUCGGGGUUCCUUUCUUUCCGUUUCCGACAACAACGGAAGAAUGGAGAGGGAUAACCAUGCCAGCUCUGUACUUAAUCCGCAUAAAACUGUUGCUGAGAUGCAUUUCACCGAUGUUUCCUUCGCUUCGACUGACAUGACGAAGGAUCUGGAGGAAAUCCGCAUUAACGUUCGUCUGUCAAAGGAUAUCACGGUGGAGAGCCCGGCAUCCGGUCCCUUUUCCUCCUUUGUUCACCGCAUCCCUCUUGCGCAAUCGACAAUCUGUUUGAGCUUUAUAGUAUGCUUUUAUUCUGAAAAAAAAAGUCGUCUGGUGAUUGAGUUUAUCAAAGUUAAAUCUAAAGCCCGACAAUUAGAAUCUGCCGUUGAGCGUGAGGUACUUUCGGAGGAGUUGCUAGGUUUAUGCAUUGUCGGGAUGUUCACUCAAUCCCGCGAUAUCGUACUGCGUGAUCCAGUAAGCAGUCAAACUAAUGUUUAUUGUCAUGUUGAUUUGCAGUUAUUCCCACAGGGAUGUGAUCGUAGGAACUCAGAAAUCCAUGCUAAUACAGAACCGUUUGUUAAUUUACCCAAAAAUGAUCACUCUCGACGCCCAAACAUGCUAUUGACAUCUGGUCAUAAUCAUGUAAACGGCACGGUGGGAUUCACUUCCCAUGGUAAUGAACAUCGUAAAAAGAAGAAUCACAUUAAAAGAAGAACCUCCCAUGCAAUUCAAAGGAGCUUUUCUAUGCACGAUAGCUCCUCUUCCUGUAGUGCAGAGGAAGAGGCUAGGGAAGAUUGUGGCAAAUAUGUGGAUGAUGAUAUCAACCGCCCUUUUGUUCCCAACAGCCACCCCACAAACGAGCAGACAAGGCAAUUUAUAGGCCAUAAAUUUGCUGUUGAGUCUGAUUCUCAUAAUAUAGGAGAUGAUUUUUCCUCAGAUUCGCAUGUGUUGCUUUGUUUAUCUAUUCAUGAUAUCCAAGGCCUUCCACGCGUAGCCCUCAAUUCAGUAGAGGACUACACAGCGCCAAAUUCUUUUGUUGUGCUUGACUCCUUAAUAAGGACGGAUGGGAGUUUUAUUGAAGAUUGGUACCUUGAGACAAAGGGCUCUUUCGAUCGUACGGAGGUAGUUUACAACUCCCGACGGCCACUUUUUGAAUACCGUAGCGUUAUCCGCCUUCCACUGGAGCGAAAUUCCGUGAAAAAGGCCUUGACUAACGGCUUUAACGAAAGGGAAGAAGAGGCUUCUUCGCCAACCUCAUUCCAACCCCAGCAAAGAGCGUUAUUAGGGGAUUUAAAGCUCACAUUAUGGCAUUACGCCUGGAAGGAAGAACAAAGGAGGGGGAGCACAGGGAAUACGAAAGAUUCCAUAAAUGAAGUGAAUAAGAGUGAGGUGGUUAGUGGGAGGAAUGGCAAGCUUCUUGAUAGCAGUUCACCUCAGGAAAAUGAAGCCGACGAGAGCUCUGAGGAAGUUCGGUUUUGGUCUCGUGCGGCCAUAAUGGGGACCUGCAACGUUGAUCUACGGCCUCUUAAGUAUUUAAAUCAGUUAGAAGGGUAUUACCGUGUGAUACAUGAAAUAGAGGGGAAGGGGGGGGGGAAUAGCGUGCGAUUAGAUAGAAAUAAACUAACGUCUCGUUAUCAUACCAUCGGGAAGGCCGAGCAUGAAACCGAAGCUGACAAAGGGAAUGUUGUCGGAUACAUUCAUAUUGGUGUGCAACUACUCUAG